AUGUUGGGCACAUCCCUCAGCGAACUGAUCUUCAUCCGCAUAUGCGUCUUUUUGCUGCGAUUCUCGGUUCCUUGCUCUUUCACGCUCUUGAUCAUCACAUAUGCCUUCACUGGCGUCUCGCCUUUGGGGAUAUGGGGACUUUCCACUGAGAACGUCGCGGCAAAUGCCUUCACUUCGCCCAGUCUUCCGCUCAGAGUACUGGUCGGCUUUCUAUCAGCAGUCUUUGUUGCGGACUCAAUCUUUUUCCUUGCAGUUUACCACCCAUUUGAGGCUCGUGCCUCCGGCUUCAAGCCCAACUACCCACACCCCUCACUGGCGCCGGCGGAUCGGUCUGCCAUCUUUCAUAAGUGUCUGGAUAACGUCCCGGACCCGGCGCACUACCUUCGCCGCUGGUUCCACGGUGCGGAUUUGACUGAAAUCCGCCGCGACAACGUACGGGACUUUGUUGCCUGGGCCUUCUUCGACCGAGAUGUAAACGAUGCUGCGCAGGGACGGCUGUCCGCCGAGGAAGAAGCAGAGAUGGAAGGAUACUUGGACGAAAUUAAUCGACGAUUGAUUCUUGCAUCGGAGGAACGCGGAGGGGACAUCGAUGGCGCUGCUGGUCUACGACCUGGGCGAGGAGCGGCCAAGUCGAUGCGCCCUACAAUCGAUAAGGUGCCAAUGUGUUUUCGGAGCAUUAUAUGGUACAUCAUUGUAAUGCUUGUCGACAUGUUUACCCACUUCUCACUGCUUUGGAAGGGCUUCGCAUACUUUUCAACACCUAUCACGACGAACCUGGCAAUCUUUCCGCCGCGACCACAACUCCUAACGCCACCCGGACUUGUUCCCCGUCAGCUUUCGCCUGCCGCUGGAACUGCCUACUGGUAUCGACCUCACAAGUCGCAGAGCGCGAGACCAGUGGUGUUCAUCCAUGGCGUUGGGAUUGGGCUGCUACCGUAUAUCGACUUUCUCUCCGAGAUGGCAAAUGGCAUACCGGGUGAGAAAGACGGAGACGGCCAGAUAGGCGUCAUAGCAAUUGAAGUCCUUCCUGUCUGCAUGCGGCUCGCCGGCGAACCUAUGGAUAAGGAGCAUUUCCUGGCCGAGGUCAUUGCUAUUCUGGACCGUCAUGGCUGGUUGGAUGAUGACUUCACUCUUGUAUCCCACUCGUACGGCUCUGUUCUGACAACGCAAAUGUUGGACUCGCCAAUACUCGGGCCCCGGAUCGACGGGAUAGUAUUGAUCGAUCCAGUCAGCUUGUUGUUACACCUGCCCGACGUGGCUUACAAUUUCACCCGGAGGAUUCCCCGGCGAGCUAACGAAGUUCAGCUUUGGUUUGCCGCCUCCAUGGACCCGGGAACGGCGCUGGUGCUCGGCAGACACUUCUUUUGGCAACAAAACAUCGUUUGGAAAGAACAGCUUUUGCAACGAUUUCCAGAUAAGCUUGAUCAGAAGAAGCGGCUGGAAUUUGACGAAAGCCCACUUCACAAUAACAAUGUCGAAUACGGGGGCUCAAAUUCUGCCCUGCUUUAUGCCGGAGAUCAUACGGCUACCAGACGCAAGGUCGCUGUGGCACUCGCAGGCUGGGAUAUCAUUACCGAUACGAGACACGUGGUGGAGUACCUUUUCUGCGAGGGCGAGCUCGCAAAGUCCACAGAGCGCCACCAUGGUGAUGUCGACAGGUUGAUGAAUGAAUUCAUCGUGGGUGGCAGCAGCGGGUUUACACACUCGGGCAUCGAGGUCAUCUAUUUUCACACGUCAGACCACUCCCAUUGCUUUGAUCGAGUAGCAGAGCGAUAUCGACUCGUCAGGACUUCAUGCUUCAGCCUCGGCGCCACCCCAACCAGUCAGGGGCACAACUAUCGGGGCAGGCCCGCCCUGUAUUACGAUCCAGACGACUUGUUCGUCCGUCUUGUUGAUCAGUUGAUGCUCCGUCCAAGCUGGGACGAAUGCAAAGUCGCCCGGCUCAAGCUCCUGCUGCCUUGGCGGUUGCUCCUCGUCGUCGCUGUAGUUCUCAGGAGGGCUUGUGGCGAGUAA